CAUCGAUACGCCAACAAUAUUUCUGUUACACGCGAAGUAGUAAUUCGAUUAAUAUGCCCGAGUCCUUAAACAUUUAUUAACUAGGUAUCAACUGUGUGUGGUAUCGCAAUCGUAGUUAUUCAAAUCAACACUUGUCUUUCUCUAUGAUGGGUCUAUUGAAUAUACUGAAGAAGUUGCGUUCUAACCCUGAGAAAGAGCUAAGAUUGCUGCUCUUAGGGCUAGAUAAUGCUGGUAAAACGACGCUUCUGAAGCAGCUAGCAUCUGAAGAUGUGACGCACGUCACUCCAACAGCGGGGUUCAACAUUAAAUCGGUGUUGUCCAGUGGCUUCAAGCUCAAUGUGUGGGAUAUCGGCGGGCAGAGGAAGAUUAGACCUUACUGGCGGAAUUAUUUUGAAAAUACUGAUAUUUUAAUUUACGUAGUAGACUGCUCGGAUCACCAAAGGUUGGAAGAGACAAGUCAGGAGCUGUCAGAAUUGCUGCAAGAUGACAAGCUUCGAAAUGUACCACUCCUAGUCUACGCCAACAAGCAGGAUUUGUCUACUGCGUUGCCUGCAAGUGAGGUGGCAACCCAUCUCGGUCUACACCUGAUCAGGGACCGCACUUGGCAGAUACAGGGCUGUGUGGCUACCGACGGCACCGGAGUUAAAGAAGGAAUGGAGUGGGUGUGCAAGAAUAUCCCAGUUAAAAAGUAAUCAAAUGACUAUUAUCAAUAUGUGGCUUUCCAUCACUGAGGGGUCCUUAUGCUUCACCUGCAAUAAGGACGUUUUUAUCAGAAUUUCUACUGGAAUUCCAGAUUGAAACAUCCUUAUUGCACUAAGGAACCUUCUGUGAUCGAAAGCCACAUAUUUGCCUUAUCAAUAUCAUAGUUGUAAUAUGCUUUGUAAUUUUCACUAUAUAGAAAGUUGCCACAUUUUUGAUCUCAUAUUUCAAAGGCUUAAUAUAGGUAAGAUAAUAUUUUUUUUGUAUUAAGUUUAGUUAAAUGUGGAAACUAAGAUUUGAAAUGAUCGAGAGAAAUGAAAAAAUUAAUCAAUCAAUUGAUUGAUUGAUUGAUUGAAAAAAUUAGACUAAUAUUGAGUACUAGUAUUUCUACUAAAAAUAUUAGUUAUUUGUUGCUUGAUUUUCACUCUAUCAUUGUCUGGAGUCUCGAGCAAGUGAAAGAUUGUAGUUUAUACAAUCUUGAGCGUGGUGAGUGUUUCAUGGCACUAGAGGUGGACACAUUUUGCUGCCGAGAAAACGAAAAAAAAAACACUACAAGGAAAACACAAGCUGUAAAAUAUGACGAAUACUUAUCUAAAAUAUCUAAAUUAACGAGAAGCACUGGAUUGCUAACAUUGACGUAUUAUAUCUCAGGACUGGGGUUGCCAUAUGGAAGAAUUAAAUGUCCUGAUAAAAAUCCUAACAUCACCCUAAAAAUCCGGACAUUUUUUGUAACAGAGAUUUGGCCUAGCUUGAACGACGCCCCGGCGGCGCGCUGCUCUCUGCGGUGUACUGUAUCGUGGAUCUACCUUUCCCUUUCCCUCCGCCCGACCCCGUAUCGCAUUCGUUACGCAGUAUAUCACGUGAACAUUUUUUUUAUAAGGACAUUUCUAAAAAUCCGGACACUUGCCAAGUCCGGCCGCAAUCCGGACAAAGGGUCAAAAAUCCUGACAUGUCCGGAGAAAUCCGGACGUAUGGCAACCCUACUCAGGACUGGCCUUACGGGCACUAAAAAUAGUACUAGUUCAGCGGUGUCACUCACGAAUUCGAACCAAUCGUGCAGCCUAACGCAACUAGUAGUGACCAAUCGUGCGCGUGAUGCGAAAUCAUCAACCAAUUGCGCGCAGUGAACGCAUAUAUUUAGUAUGGAAACCGCCUUUAGGAACAUUACCGUUCAAAUUCUCGGGCCAAAUUAGCACACAUACACAAUUACGCCUACAUUCAAAUAGGACGACGCGUUUACAGAGCCUGUAAUCAAAGCUGGUAAACAAAAUAAGAGUCAUCUUUAUUACUCUAAUGGUACAUAGCUAAGUGUAGAUGAAAUGCAUAUAAUGUCAAUAACUACCAAUCAGCGACAUUAAUCCGCUAAUAACCUUCUUGCUGUACGUACUGGCCGCUUAGAGUUCGCGGUUCAUAUUUGAUUAGAAUAUGACUUGGACAGGGAUAGGUUUAUGCCAUACAGUGAAGAACCAGUCAAAUAAUUCACGUAUAAUAAUUUAAUGCAGAUUAAAAGAUAACUAGUUAAAAUGUUGUUAUGACAUGACAGACUAACUCAACAUAAGUAAAUAUAUAUCAUUGUUGUAUAAAUGUAUUCCGCUAUAAUAAGUAUUUUGUAUAUUUUAUUAUCUAUCUGUAUGGCAGUGCGAAGUCACGUUCAGGUAUAGUCUGUCCGUUUUUCUAAGAUCAAGUACGCCACAGUAAAUGUAUGGCGAACUUGAUCUUAGAAAUCGGACUGGCUAUACAGUCUGCAAAAUUUACAUGGGUACAAGAAUCGGCUCAAAAAUAUUUGAACAGGCGGAGUCCCAAUAAAUCCCCACUUUCAGCUCAGAAUAUUUUAUAUGUAUAUAGCCGGUCAAGCAAGUUUGUCAGUAGAAAAAGGUGCAAAAUGAAAAUUUUGUAUGGAACCACAGCCGUCCGCGCGGUGUACUUUCGUUUGGGCCAAAUACUUUUCGCCAAAUUUCACUUCCCAACAAACUUAUCGCAAUAGUUUAAUUUCCCAAAGGAACCUUUAGCAAAGUGACACUUUGCAUAUAAUUUAUUUGGUCAAAUAAUCAUUUGGCAUGAUUUUACUUUGUCAAAUUGUAUUAGGACAAAAACUUAUUUAGCAAACGUUUUUUAUUGUCUAAUAUUAUAUUCCAAAAAGAUGUUUGGUCAAAAUUGUCACUUCGCAAAUUUGACAAACAGGCAUCUCUAUUUAAAGUACUUUUUGUAAUGCUAAUAUAGGUACGUUAAAUUCUACGUAAUUUGGGUGGGUUCGGUUAGGUUUGAACUGCGAUCCUCACAAAACGGAACCGCUAUCAGAAAAGUGGGUUAGGUUAAGUUAGAAUAGAACUGUGACCCUCACAGAAUCGAAAUGCUAUUAGAAAAGUGGGUUAGGUUAGGUUAGAAUUUAACCCAUCUGAUACCACCAUGAAACCAAUUCCAGUCGGUAGGUAUGAACCCUCAUGUCAGGAAUAUAUAAGUCUGCCAAGGCUUUUCCUGCCGAAACACCUUGGCAGACGAGAUUAUGUAAGCAAGGUCGGCAUCGGUUACCCUACACUAACCCAUCUGAUACCACCAUGAAACCAAUUCCAGUCGAUAGGUACGAACCCCCAUUUUAGGAAUAUCUAAGUCUGCCAAGGUUUUUCCUGCCGAAACACCUUGGCAGACGAGAUUAUAAACAAGAUGACCAUCGGUUACCGUACACUAACCCAUCUGAUACCGCCAUGAAACCAAUUCCAGUCGGUAGGUAUGAACCCUCAUUUCAGGAAUAUAUAAGUCUGCCAAGGCUUUUCCUGCCGUAACACCAUGGCAGACGAGAUUAUGUAAGCAAGGUCGGCAUCGGUUACCCUACACUAACCCAUCUGAUACCACCAUGAAACCAAUUCCAGUUGGUAGGUAUGAACCCCCAUUUUAGAAAUAUGAAUGAACUGCGGUCCUUACAGAAACGAAAUACUAUGUACUAGAAAAAGGUCAUCAAAGUGGAUUAAUUAAUUUAUUAGAAUAACGAGAAGUAAAGAAUUUGCAUGACAUAUUAAACUAAAAUGUGGUUUACAUAUUGGUGGUUAUUUAAUAUUUUUGGGUUACAAUGAUUACUUUGGUGUUAUUUGCUUUAAUAGAAUAGCAAGAUGUAACAAAUUUGGUUAUCAUUUUACAUUAAAAUGGAGUUUUAAUUUUAGUGAUCAUUUACUACAUAUUUUUGGCAGUAAGAAUGUUUUUUUUUGACGUUACAUUUUACUAUGUAUAUGUAAUGAUCAAUUAAAUACCAGACAAAUAAAAUUCUGCAGCCUCCUCUCUAUUGGUAUGUAAAUUAUAUGCCAUGCAAUAUUUUGGGACAUGUAAGUUAUGCUUAAUGAUACAUUUGACUAAAUAAUAUUUGGGAAAAUGAAACUUGUCUAAGUAAUUAUUUGCUAAACAAUAACUUGCCAAAAAAGACUAUUACUAACUGAAAAUUUGCGAUAAGUUGUUUUGCCAAACAUUUUUUUGGGAAAUGAUAAUUUGGGAAACAUAGUUUGGGAUGUGAUACUUUGGGAAACGUUUUUGGCCCAUUCAUUAGUAAACCCAAAUGUAUCAUUAAGCAUAACUUGCAUGUCCCAAAAUAUUGCAUGGCAUACAAUUUACAUAGGUACUAAUAGAGAGGAGGCUGCGGAAUUUGCUAAAGGUUUCUUUGGGAAAUGAAACUAUUGCGAUAAGUUUGUUGGGAAGUGAAAUUUGGCGAAACGUAUUUGGCCCAAACGAAAGUACACCAUUCUAGAUAUCUUGCCAGGCAUCCACUCAAUUUCAUGUCUCUCUAAUUGGACGCUUUUUUCCAUAGUUCUCUGCGAAUAGCAUCUUGUGGGCAUCUGAAUGGAAAGUAAUGUAAAAUGGCAAUACCAAAUUUGAUUAUUAAUUUGAAAUAACUAGGUACUUUUUUUAUAGCUCCAUCUCAUGAAAUAAAAAAGGAAAAUACAAAUCUGUAAGAAGGAAUUUAUUUAUAAUUAUAUAUAAAAUACCUAAACCAAACACAAGUUAAUAAAAUAGUCUACUUCAUUUGGCAUAACACCAUCCCUAUUAUCCUCGCAAUUUAAAAAGUCGUAUGUUGUUAUGAGAGUCGUAUGCAGUUGUUACGUUUUAGCUUAGCACGGUAGUAUUGAAAACAAAUCGUCAUGUUUUUUCCAAAUUUUACUGAAGUUAUCUGUUUACUACAAGUGAAAAGUGAUUCCACUGUCCUUGGUAUGAACUAAAAUAACUUCUGCAGCACUUCACGACACAUGAAUAUAUUUUUAAUUACAAAAAACGUUGUUUUUAUAAAUCAAUUUAGCCAUUUGUCACUGACUGUCAUCUCGGUCGCGUACUGAGAUUGCCAAUCGAGCAGUUUGUAAGUACCGCCUAUCGCGGGGUAGUUUGCGUUGGGUCAUAAUUGAGCGGACAGAAUACUUCCAUGUAUAUCAUUUCGCUGAUUGCGCGUGUGAUGCGAACUCAUCAACCAAUCGCGUUGUAGCGGUGUCACACCGCUGUGCUGGCCCUAUUCAUGCACCAUUAGUACAGUCAUUAUAUCCAAAAAACCGACCCUACCCGUGAAUAAUUAGUUCUUGGAUUUUUUUUUCGUAGGUCCCUCGGGGAGGUCACUGGGAGUGUAAAUUCAAAAAGUAGGCUUAAUCAGGCUCCUGCGUAUAUUCGAAAAAUGGUUUUUUUCCAAAGAAACGGUUUUUCUUCAAUAACUCGGCCAUUUUUGAUUUUACAGUAAAACCGUAAGGACAAAAACUGUAGGAAAUUUGAUUCUCUACAAGUUAGUCCAGUCAUUAUAUCCAAAAAACCGACCCUUCCCAUGAAUAAUCAGUUCUUGGAUUUUUUUUUCGUACGUCCCUCGGGGGAAUCACUGGGAGUGUAAAUUCAAAAAGUAGACUGAAUCAGGGUCCUGUGUAUAUUCGAAAAACGGUUUUUCUUGAAUAACUCGGUCAUUUUUGAUUUUACAGUAAAACCGUGAGGACAAAAAUUGUUCAGAAUUUGAUUCUCUACAACUUCGUUUCCCUUCAUUUAUGCCGUAAAGCGUGGAACAUAGGAGAUAAUGAUAAUAUUUUGAAUUUGUCGCGUUUUUCAGGUUUAAUUUCUAAAAUAUCGAUUUUGGGGGAAAGAAGGUGGGAACCAAAAUUGUUCAGAAUUUGAUUCUCUACAAGUUUAGUCCUCUUCAUUUAUGUCGUAAAGUUGAAAAUAAACGAGAUGUUGAAAAUAUUUUGAAUUUGUCGCUUUUUUCAAAUUUUAUUACCAAACUAUCGAUCCUAGAAGAAAAAUUGUGAGGACCAAACUUGUAGAGAAUCAAAUUUUCUAAAAUUUUUGUCCUCGCGGUUUUACUGUAAAAUCAAAAAUGACCGAGUUAUUCAAGAAAAACCGGUUUUGGAAUAUACACAGGACCCUGAUUCAGUCUACUUUUUGAAUUUACACUCCCAGUGAUUCCCCCGAGGGACGUACAAAAAAAAAAUCCAAGAACUGAUUAUUGACAGGAAGGGUCGGUUUUUUGGAUAUAAUGACUGGACUAACUUGUAGAGAAUCAAAUUUCCUACAAUUUUUGUCCUUACGGUUUUACUGUAAAAUCAAAAAUGGCCGAGUUAUUGAAGAAAAACCGUUUUUUUGGAAAAAAAACAUUUUUUGAAUAUACGCAGGAGCCUGAUUAAGCCUACUUUUGAAUUUACACUCCUAGUGACACCCCCGAGGGACCUACGAAAAAAAAACCCAAGAACUAAUUAUUCACGGGUCAAAAUCUAUAAUGACUGUACUACAUUCUUAUUGCUUGUAAUUGUAAGGCCAGUCCUGAGAUAUAAUACGUCAAUGAUUGCUAAUAAUUUUUAAGAUUGUUUUUUUUAUUGGUUCACGAAAAAUUACAUAAUACUCGUAAGCAGGUAUGUAGGUAUUAUGAUUAAACAUUAUCAUAUCUAGUCAUUUUUUUAAAUAAAUAAUAUUAUAAAUUAAGAAAUCCGUCCAAAGUAGAUUUUUUUUUUUUUAUUAAUCAUGAUUGAAAAUCAAAUUAUCAAAUGUGAAGCAUGACCAAAAUGGAUAAUAAAUUAUAAUAUAUAGUACAAAAUUAUGUAUAAGGCUGAGAUUUAUCAAUACCUGAGCUGAAAUGUAUAAAAUGUAUAUAUUUAUAGAAAUUGUUUUGCACUUAUAAUAGUUUGGCCAUGAAUCUAGUAAUGUUUCUUCACUUUUACCACUUAUAGGUGUUUCAACAUUGCCUGAUUAAUUCAUUCAGACUAAUGUUAAAGAAAUAUCAAACUGAAAUGUUAUUUAUAAACACAACACAAUUUGUUAGCAGUCUCGGCCUAACAAAAAUGGAACUCUGUAAGUAUACGAAUCUUAUCUUUACUAGUUGUAUAAUAGAUACUAAGUACAGAUAUGCAGUUAACGGAAAGUUUCCAAAAAGUUGGAAAAGUUUUCGAAAAUUUCAGGAAAAUUUGACAGGAAGCAAAGGAAACUUUCAUUUUGGGAAUAGAAAAUUAUGACUCCCAUACAAAAAAUACUUGUAGAGGUUUCCGAAAUAUUUCCAUCUGGAAAUUACGCAAUAUUAGAAACGUUCUGACGUAAUAAUUAGUAUCUCUAAACUUCGUUAAACAUACCUUUAUUCUAAGCUCAGUAUUUUAAACCAGAAUAUUGUAUUAGAAGCAAAAAAAGAAAGCCUGACCAGUAGUAAUAUAUGAUCAUUGAUCAUUGUCAAGAGGGCGCUGUUAUUCGCAUGUUGUAUAGUGUAACAGUUCAGUAUAGUAUGGAAAAAUUAGUUCCAGUGAAAUUCCGCAACAUGGCGCGUGAUAUAUUCCUGGUCAGGCUUUAUUUAUUUGUCAGGCAAAGUUGUGUUUUAUAUUAUUAGAAGUUAGAAUAUCUUCCAAUUGUGUUACUGAAUAAAAUAACGUUUUCAGUCAA